GACAGCCGAAACGUCAGGGCGAGAGAAAAAUUGCGCGAAUAUCUUGUGCGUUGUGCAGUUUGUUGUUACGCUCCUUUUCCUAGCUAAACGUAGGUAAAAAGCAUUUUCCUGUCGAUUUAUUGCCGUUUUGUGUCUCUAGUUUGAGUAAGUGUUCUUAGCUAUGGAUGACGAGCUGCUAAAAACGUGCCAAAGGGAGAUAGGGCACAUUGUGUUCGAUGCCAACGAGAAGAUUUCUACCCGUCGGAUCAGUAACACGUGGAGCUUGGACAGCAAAAAAUCGCUGGAAGUGCUGCAGAAAUGGGUUGAUGGGCAGAAAGAGCCGAACAAACUCUCGAAAGAGUACGUCGUGAGGGGCGUCGAUAAAAAUGGCAACGUUUUCAUCACUCUAGCGAAUGAGGAAAAGCUGGAAAAAAUCAGCAAAACCUACCCCAAGUGCUCGAAAAUGCUUUACUCCGUCGAGGUUGCGUCCGACGUUCGACCGCUGAACGUAUCCAACGACAACGAGUUCAGUGUGAUCCGUUUACGGUUGGAAUCGCAAAAGCGUCAAAUAGAACAAGCAUCUUCUUCCACCGCCCCACAAACAACGCCGAAACCGGCACCCGCGCCCGUCAAACAGGAGCAGAAACCCUCGAAACCGAGCAUGUUUGCGGCGGCCAGCAAGCAACAACCCCCGGUAAAGGAGGAAAAACAAUCACCACCCGCAAAGCCACAGGUAAAACCGGAACCCAAAACAGCGGCAUCCCCACCGAAAGCUUCGCCGAAAACACAAUCCCCGAAGAAACAGGACGCGAAAAAAGCCGUCACUGGGAAGGGAUCAAUUUCAUCGUUUUUCUCCGCCAAACCCGCCGGUACGGCACCGAAACCAGUACCCACUUCUGUCCCAGUAAAACAGGAACCCCAGUCACCUGCCCCGGAGCCGGCGAAAAAGGAGCAGAAAGCCGAGACAGCGGUGGAAAAGUCCCGCAAGCGAACCAUUACCGAUGACGAGGAGGAAGAGGAGGAGGACGUCAUCCCAAGCACCCCGCAGGAGGACAAAAAGCAGCGCGGGGAUAAAAGUAAAAAGCGCAACACCGGAAAGCCGCUACUGCAGCGCAAGAAGAAUCCGUCGAAUCCGUCGAAGAAAUCACGGCUGCUGCAAAUUUGUGAUUCGUCCAGCGAUGAGGAAGCGGACGGGAGGGAAGCUGGGGCCGCAGUCGAGCAGCGAAGCGAACGUUUGGUGGAGUUUGACGAGGAAACGCCGAUGGAGACGGAGGUGGAGGAGAAGGAGCAGGAGCAGGACCGCAAGCCGUCACUGUCGCCGGAGAAGCCGGUCGAGAACGAUUCGAACAGUGUGAACCGUAACAGGGGCAAAGUUAAGAAGCUGGUCACCAAAACGUACACCGACGAGGAAGGAUAUUUGAUCACGGUUAAAGACUACGAAAUGGUUUCGGAAGAUGAUGAGUCAACGGCCAAUGGAACGGAGAAAGAAAUGGCAGCACCGGCAGCAGGAGCAGCAGCACCCACCAAGCCGAAAGCUUCCCUCGCAAGCCAAGGCAAAUCGUCCUCGGCAGAGAAGAAGGCAACACCGCCAACGCCGAAAACGAAGCAAGGCUCCAUUAUGAGCUUUUUCGCGAAGAAGUAAAAACUGGUUUAAAUUCUAAUAGGAAAAUCAAUCUUUCCAAUCAUCAAAUAGGAAACGGGGAAAGGAAGCGCAGCGUGUUACGUGUUGCAGUAUAAUCUCUUGAAAAGGUAAUAAAAAAGUGGAACAAAACUAUUUCAUGUUUCUUCUCCCUCCUCGGUUAGGUUCCGGGCAUACCUUUUGUUACGGCAAGCGUAAUGGUAACGCGUCACCCUUAGUACGCCUUUAGUUUAGUUUAGUUUUACUUAUUUUUAUAGAGACUUUGAGGUCUUGCUCAUUCGCCUCUUAAGGUAGAGGGCGCUAUCAAGAAAUUUACCUACGUGUAAAUUUUACUUAAUCAUAAUUCUAUUACGCAGUGCAAAUUGCUGUAGAUCGGUAUCGUGCAGCUCGAAUUUCCGCAAGUGCAGCUCGAAUUCCCGAAUUCUGCCGUAUAUAAGCGAGUAUUUUUUCUGAAUAAAUUUAGUCAAGUUCCAGAGUUCAAAGCAACAA